AUGACAGACGCAUAUGCCUUCUCAUACCCAUCUCCAUUGGAGGGGUACGAAAACCUCGAGCCGUUAACCGAUGAGCGCGCCGAAGACGGCAAGUCAUUGAAGAACCCUCAACAUGGCGUGUUAAGCAAAGCCUACACGGAAUUCCCCGACCCUCUUUCCAAAGGCCGAGAGGGAGGCUUCGACGUCCACAUCUAUCAUUUCCAAAACAACCCCGACCAAGCCGCAUACGCCAGAGCGCUCUGGGAACGAAUUCGACGUGAAUUCCCCGAGCUUCGGAUUUACACUUUCUUCGAUCGGCCUGUUGGACCUCACCCGGUGGCCAUGUUCGAAGUGAAUUUGUUCACGCCCGCGCAGUUUGGAGCCUUCGUUCCUUGGUUGGUUAUCAAUCGGGGCCCGCUUAGUGCUCUCAUUCAUCCCAAUACAGUGGAAUCAGAGGAUGAGCGCAACCAUACGCAGCGCGCGACUUGGCUUGGUGAUCGGAUUCCGUUGGAUUUGACGAUUUUUAGGUCGAGGAAGGAGUAG